AAGAAGAGAGAAGAGGAAGGCGGGAGGUUUCAGUAAUGUCGAAUCUUUCGAGUCUGAUUCAUGAACUCCGAGAACGAAUUGCAGCUUCUCCAUCUACGCCUCCCAGUAAGGAAGACGACGAAGCGCUUAACACCAGAUUCCGUGCUGUCAUUCCCAAACUAGUGGAUGAUUAUGUAGUCCCUUCUUCUACUGCCAACGAGAGAGAGGUCAUAGCCGUUCUGAAGCUAUUGAAUCAUAUCGCAAAGAACUUCCCAGGGGUUUUCUAUCACGGAAAACCCUCUUCUGUAUUGCCUGUUAUUGGACGCAUUUUGCCAUUCUUUGCUGAACCAGCAUUUCGCUCUCGACACGGUGUUGUUUUUGAAACAAUGGGAUCUUAUAUAUCCCUUUUGCGCACUGGAGAUCGUGAUGCAUAUCGUCAGUUUUUUGUGGACAUAAUGCUGGUUGUUAAAGAUGUCGUCUAUGUAACUUCAUGUUGUCCUGACAUAUUGGGAAAAGUACGUUUAAAGUGUUUAAGUGGUUCCUAUAGUGGUAUUUCCAAUGAAGAAACUGUUCCUACUGGUCUUCCUGAUUGCAAAUCUACUGGUCAUCCUGGUGUUAUGAUUGACCUAACGGGCAAACAGAGGUGGCUUCCAUUCGCUACUUGGAUUAUAAAGCUUAUAUGUAAAUGUUUGACUGAUGGAACUCUAUAUGUUGAAGGCCUCAUCAACAUUACUUUUUUUUCACAUGUAUUCAUACUCAUGUGUUAUGGAGAUGCUGACUUGCACAUGGCAUGUUUUGAUUUUGCUCGUAUCACAAGGACUGUAAUAGACUAUGAAGUUGUUCCUAGUGAGAGACUAAUUCACUCCAUAGUGGCUAUACUAGAUGAAGAUGAAGAGGGAAUUCCAUCAUUCAGAAACCGAGCAUAUGAUUCCUCAAUGGGGGGAUGCCUUCAUGCAUUGCAUUCAAGUUGUGCUGAUGACAUAGUCAAGUUGACUGCAGAAGAUUUGAUUGCUGUUUUUCCACAAGCUAUGCUGCGAACAGAAAGUCCAGAGCUUAAGGCUGCUUUGUGUAGUGCGUACGUCCGAAUUGUAAAAAACUGCUCUAUUCAUGUUUGGAGGCCUGAAACUCUUCUCCAUUUGCUUUGUUCACCAAAUGUCUGUAUAGAAAUUGUAGAUUGCAUUCAAGCAGCUUUUCCUCUUAUUUUUCCUGAUAUUGUUCCGAAGCCAAGAAACAAUGAUGGUGACAAACAUUUAUCAAUCUCAGUUCCUAACCAAUCAAGGAUCUCAAAAAGCGAGGGGAAAAGGCCACUUCAUGGUACAGACAUCUUAAAGAUAAAACGUCAAAAGAUACACCAAGAAGAUAAGGCAUCUAAUGAUACCUUUGACAAUGUGCUUAAGAGCACUUAUAGAUUUACUCUCAAAAGGGAAGAAGAAUAUGCUGAGUGCAUGCGCAAGUCACUUGCUUCUUUGGUUGUAUUUCUUAAUCCUCCUGUUGAUAAAACUAACAUAUUAACACCCGAAGUAUCCCUAACAGCUCUUAGCAUUCUUGGUAUAGCCUUUUCUAUUUAUCCUCGAGCAAACAUUUCACAUGACAUCUUUCAGCAGAUUUAUGCAUGGGUCCCUUGGAUGUGCGAGCAGGCGAUAGAAAGAAGCUCAAUUACAUUUGAUCUAUGCAUCUUUCUGGAAGCAGUUAACAGCAUAUUGUUCACCCAAAGCUUCCUUUCUGAGGACAAAAAAGUUUUUUGGAUUAUGGGUAAUGUAAAAGAUUUUAUGCCGUUGCUGAGACUUCCCUGGACCCACACUCUUGCCGUUUGUGAGCCUUAUUACAUGCGGAAGACAAAAUCUCUGGCUCUCCUAGUUCUAUCCAAGAUGGGAUGUUUGUCAGAAUGUGGAGAUGAUCUUGAUAUUUUAGAUAUGAGUCUUAAAGAUGAAGAUGAAGAAGUCAGAAAAGAAGCUAUUGGUUCACUGCCAUUAAUAGUGCUGUGGUCAGGUUUUUCUUUAAUGACUCGCAUAUUCAGAAUUCUGCAAUUACUCGGGAAAGAGAAAAGUGACAAUGUUAAGAAAGUGAUUCCCCCAUGUCUUGGAUACCUGGCAUGCCUCUGCGGGUCUUAUAAUGGCUUAGAUGGUUUUGGUGAAAGAAAAUGCAAAUUAUAUAUGAAGAAGGAAACGGAGACUCAUAUUUGGACUGUAAAUUUGUUAAGAGGAUUCUAUUGUUCAAAAUGUGAAAGGAAAACCUUCGAUGACCAAAACCUUUAUCCAGUGUUGAUGCAUCUAUCGGAAUACCAUGUGGCAAAUUCUUUUUUUGAUAUCAACUAUAUUAAUCUACAAUCACUUUUCUUUAAGCUUCUUUUUGAUGAGACCUCUGAGGAUGUGCAAGUUGCUUGUAUUGAAGCGAUGCAAAGAAUCAUUUCCCAUGGAACAAGAGGUAGUUUGCUUAAAGCAAAAUCUGAAUGGGCUAUGUGCAUCGAUAUCCUACUUAUUCACAAAAACAAAGCAGUAAGAGAAGCAUUCAGCGUGAAGUUUGGCUUCUUCCUAGAUGAGCAAAUUUUGGAUUGCUUAUUUGAUGAGGAGGUGUCAAGUGAAAGCAAGGAACAUAGGUUUUUAGGCAAGGUGAAAAAUGCUCUGGAAGCUGCUGAGGACCCCCAAAUCAUAGUGUCAAUUAUGGAAGCAAUUACGGAGAUUAUGACAUCCGUUGACAUUUAUAAUAAGGUGUUCUUGCUCUCUCUUAUUUUGCUAGUUAAUCAGCUUAACAGUCCAUUUGUAGCUGUGCGAAUGGAAGCCCCCAAGUUAAUAUGUAAAGCUUGCUAUUUCCAUGUUAAAGGAGGUUUAGAACAAAUCCUUUCAAAAGUAAUUCAUGUUCGGGAUGAAUUGUAUGAUUAUCUAUCAGACGGGCUUACCAGCCAGCCUGAAUUAGUGAAAGAGUUUGCAGAGGCUGUUCUUGUCGUUCAGAUUGAAGAGCUUGUGAAGAGAAUAGUUCCUGUUGUUAUUCCAAAGCUCAUUGUCUCUCAUCAGGAUAACGAUCAAGCAGUCAUCAUCUUGUAUGAAUUGGCAAAGUGUCUGAAAACAGAUAUGGUGCAGCUUGUUGUUACUUGGCUGCCUAAAGUGCUUGCCUUUGCACUCAAUGAGGCUGAUGGCCAGAAAUUACUCGCUGCUUUGAGAUUUUACCACGAACAUACAGGAUCUGGUAAGCAAGAAAUUUUUGCUGCUGCGUUACCUGCACUUCUUGAUGAACUUGUGUGCUUCACAGAAUGUGAUUCUGGUGAUCCAAGUAAAAGGCUGGAUAGAGUCCCUGAGAUAAUACAAGAGAUUGCAAGGAUUCUCGUAGGUAAUGAUGAUCUUCCUGGAUUUUUGAGAAAUCAUUUUGUUGGUCUUCUUAACAGUAUUGACAGAAAGAUGCUCCAUUCAGACGAUCUUUCACAACAAAAACAAGCCGUAAAACGUAUUGCAAUGCUGAUCAAUAUGAUGGGUUCACAUCUUGGUACUUAUGUUCCAAAACUUCUUGUUCUGCUCUUGCAUGCCAUUGGCAAGGAAGAACUCCAGGAUGAGGGUCUUUAUGUCUUGCAUUCUUUUAUCAAGCAAUUAAUAAAGAUGUCUCCAUCUUGUUGGAAACAUGUAAUUUCUCAAGUUUUUGCUGCUCUCAUCCCCUUGUUAGAGCAAGAGAAAGAAAAUCCUUCAAUAAAUUUGAGUAAAAUUGUGGAAAUCUUAGAGGAACUUGUGUGUGACAACAAAAGUAUCCUGAAUCAGCACAUCUGCGAGUUUCCUCUUCUUCCCAAUAUUCCUGCUCUUGCAAAGGUGAACAAAAUUAUGCAAGAAUCACGUGAAUCAUUAACAUUGAAGGAUCAACUACGUAAUAUCAUCGAUGGCUUAAACCAUGAGAAUUUAAACGUUAGGUAUAUGGUGGCUUGCGAGCUGAGCAAAUUGCUGAACCAGAGAAGGGAGGAAGUUACAUCCUUUGCCCUUGGUGAAGUGGGCUCAGAUAUUGAUGUUCUUAGUUCUUUGAUUAUCUCCUUGCUCAGAGGAUGUGCAGACGAAUCAAGGUCUUUGGUAGGGCAGCGACUAAAACUCGUCUGUGCUGAUUGUCUUGGAGCAGUAGGUGCAGUUGAUCCUGCUAAAGUUAAGGGUUUCACAAGCCGCCGUUUCAAAAUUGCAUGUUCAGAUGAUGAUCUGAUUUUUGAGUUAAUCCACAUGCAUCUGGCAAGGGCUUUUAGAGCUGCACCUGACACCAUUGUCCAAGACUCAGCUGCAUUGGCUAUACAGGAGCUGCUGAAAGUUGCAGGUUGUGAGGCAUCACUAGAUGAAAAUGUCACUGUUUCAAGAUUACCUACUAUCAAGUCUAAGGCUCAAAAGAUCUCUUCUUCUGAAACCAAGCGUAUCUGUGAUUCCAAUCAAGAGCAUACAAGGGGUCAAAGAUUAUGGGAUCGUUUCUCUGAUUAUAUAAAAGAGAUAAUUGCUCCUUGUUUAACCUCCAGAUUUCAGCUUCCAAAUGUCAUAGAUUCGGCUUCUUCUGGUCCUAUUUACCGGUCUUCAAUGUCAUUUAGAAGAUGGAUAUUUUUCUGGAUAAGAAAAUUGGCUGUUCAUGCAACUGGCUCUCGAGCAAGUAUCUUCAAUGCUUGUAGAGGUAUCGUACGGCAUGAUAUCCAAACAGCAAUUUACCUUCUUCCAUAUUUAGUGCUUGAUGUUGUUUGCUAUGGCUCUGAGGAGGCACGUCAAGGCAUUACGGAAGAGAUUUUAUCUGUUCUUGAUGCUGCCAUAUCAGGGAAGAGCAUUACUCCAGUUAAUACAGUCAGUUAUCGAAAAAGUGAAUUAUGUAUUCAGGCCGUGUUCACACUUCUUGAUAAUCUUGGUCAAUGGGUUGAUGAUGUUGAACAUGAUGUUGCAUUUUCCCAGACUCUUCAACCCAAUAACUCUAAGCAACAAGCUUCCAAGUUAAAGGAUCAGAUUAAUAAUUCUUCCAUUGAAGUAAACCAACUUCUGGUACAAUGUAAGUAUGUUUCUGAGCUUCUGGAUGCAAUUCCAAAAGUUACCCUAGCUAAGGCCUCCUUCAAGUGCCAAGCUUAUGCUAGGUCCUUGCAAUAUUUUGAGUGUCAAGUAAGGAACAUGUCAGGGUCGUUUAAUCCAGCAGCUGAGAGAAGUGGCAUAUUUGACGAUGAAGAUGUUUCUUUCCUGCUAGAAAUAUACAGCAAUAUGGAUGAGCCAGAUGGACUAUCAGGUUUGGUAUGUCUUCGGAAUACCAAAAGCUUACAAGACCAAUUAUUAAUAAACAAGAAAGCGGGAAAUUGGGCUGAAGUUCUGACCUCUUGUGAGCAGGCUUUGCAGAUGGAAUCCACUUCUGUGUAUAGGCAUUCAGAUGUCCUUGAUUGUCUGUUAAACAUGUGUCAUUUGCAGGCUAUGGUUACUCAUGUAGAUGGAUUGGUAUCGAGGGUUCCUCAGUAUAAGAAGACAUGGUGCAUGCAAGGUGUGCAAGCAGCUUGGAGGUUGGGAAAGUGGGAUAUGAUGGAUGAAUACCUUGAUGGAGCUGAUGGAGAUGGUUUACUUUGUAGCAGCUCAGAGAGUAAUGCUUCUUUUGAUAUGGAUGUUGCAAAGAUCCUUCAGUCAUUGAUGGAGAAAGAUCAAUUUGCUGUUUCUGAGAGAAUUGCACUUUCAAAGCAAUCUCUUAUUCCUCCUCUUGCUGCUGCAGGCAUGGACUCGUAUGCACGAGCUUAUCCAUUUAUUGUAAAACUUCAUAUGCUCCGGGAAAUGGAAGACUUCCAGACUCUACUUGCAGGUGAGUCUUUCUUGGAGAAAUCAUUCUAUCUGGGUGAGACUGGAUUUUCCAAAGUAGUAGAAAACUGGGAAAACCGCCUUAGAUUUACGCAACCAUCUAUCUGGACUAGGGAGCCACUGUUGGCCUUCCGUAAAUUGGUUUUUGGGGUGAGUGGUCUUGAUGCUCAAGUUGGGAACUGCUGGCUGCAAUAUGCAAAACUCUGUAGAUCAGCUGGUCAUUAUGAGACAGCAAAUAGAGUAAUUCUAGAGGCAAAAGCUUCAGGAGCACCGAAUGUUCAUAUGGAGAAGUCUAAACUUUUGUGGAGCACCAGGAGAUGUGAUGGCGCCAUUGCAGAACUUCAACAAAAUCUCCUUAAUAUGCCAGUUGAAGUUAUUGGUUCAGUUGCUUUGUCAUCAAUUACCAGUCUUUCUUUGGCACCCAUCAACCCUCUGCCUUUACAGUCUGAUUUGGAAGCUUUGAAUGAGAACUUAGAUGUUGCAAAGACACUGCUCUUAUACUCAAAGUGGAUCCAUUAUACUGGGUUGAAGCAGAAGGAGGAUGUUAUAGCCCUUUAUUCUAGAGUGAAGGAACUACAACCUAACUGGGAGAAAGGAUAUUUUUAUUUGGCUAAAUACUGUGAUGAGUUGCUUGUUGAUGCUAGAAAGCGACAGGAAGAGAAUCUUGAACCAGGUUACAGAAUGGCACUCUCAAACCCUUCAACUUCAGCUUCUGCAUGUCUAAAUUCUGAAAAGCGUUGGUGGUCAUACCUUCCCGAUGUGUUGUUAUUCUAUGCAAAAUGUCUUUUCAAAGGCCAUAAGAAUCUCUUUCAGGCUCUUCCAAGGUUGUUAACCCUGUGGUUUGACUUUGGGAGCAUUUAUCAAAGAAGUGGUUCAUCGACAAACAAAGAUAUGAAAGAUAUUCAUGGAAAGGUAAUGAGAGUAAUGCGAGGAUGUAGGAAAGAUUUGCCAACAUAUCAGUGGUUAACAGUUCUUCCUCAACUGGUGUCUAGAAUUUGUCACCAAAACGAAGAUAUUGUUCGUUUGGUAAAAGAUAUUAUCACUUCUGUUUUACAGCAGUAUCCACAGCAAGCAUUUUGGAUUAUGGCAGCUGUUUCAAAAUCCACAGUAACAUCAAGGAGAGAAGCUGCUGCAGAAAUCAUACAAUCUGCACGUAGAAGACUAAGUCGGGGAAGCUCUAAUGAUAAUUUGUUUGUACAGUUUCCUGCUCUAGUUGACCAUUUAAUCAAGUUAUGUUUCCAUCCUGGGCAAACAAAGGCCAAGACGAUCAAUCUUUUAACCGAGUUCAGUUCCUUGAAGAGGAUGAUGCCACUAGAUAUUAUAAUGCCCAUCCAACAAUCCCUCACUGCCAACCUUCCAACAUACAGCGCUAAUCUGACGGACUCACUUAAAUCCAAUAUCUUUUCAGCUACAGAACUUCCUACUAUAUUAGGAAUUACAGAUGAAGCCGAGAUACUUUCAUCUCUUCAGAAGCCAAAGAAAAUAAUUCUACUUGGAAGUGAUGGCAUUGAACGUCCUUUCCUAUGCAAACCUAAGGAUGACCUCCGUAAAGAUGCGCGCAUGAUGGAGUUCAAUGCGAUGAUAAAUCGAUUAUUGACUAAGGGCAGAGAAAGUCGCCGUCGGAAGCUUUAUAUUCGCACAUUUGCAGUGAUCCCACUAACAGAGGACUGUGGAAUGGUUGAAUGGGUGCCUCAUACUCGUGGGCUCAGACAAAUCCUUCAAGACAUCUAUAUAAGCUGCGGCAAAUUCGACAGACAAAAGACUAACCCCCAAAUAAAAAAAAUCUAUGAUCAAUGUCAGGGUAAAAUGCCAGAAGACGAGAUGCUGAGGAACAAAGUACUUCCCAUGUUCCCUCCAGUUUUCCAUAAAUGGUUUUUGAAAACAUUUCCUGAACCGGCUGCCUGGUUCAGGGCUCGAGUUGCUUAUGCACACACUACUGCAGUUUGGUCAAUGGUUGGACAUAUCGUGGGCUUGGGGGAUAGACAUGGUGAAAAUAUACUCUUUGAUUCCACCACAGGAGAUUGUGUUCAUGUUGACUUUAGUUGCUUAUUUGACAAAGGCUUGCAAUUGGAGAAACCUGAGCUUGUACCUUUUAGAUUGACCCAGAACAUGAUCGAUGGAUUGGGCAUCACUGGUUAUGAGGGCAUUUUUUUGAAGAUAUGUGAAAUUACACUUUCUGUUCUAAGGGAGAACAGGGAAACCCUAAUGAGCAUCCUUGAGACAUUCAUUCAUGACCCUCUAGUGGAAUGGACUAAGUCUCACAAGUCUAGUGGCGUAGAAGUUCAGAACCCUCAUGCACAGCGUGCUAUCAGUAACAUAGAAGCACGGCUUCAAGGAGUUGUUGUUGGUGUUGGAGCCGCCCCAUCUUUGCCUCUUGCUGUAGAAGGACAGGCUCGUAGAUUGAUUGCUGAAGCAGUUUCUCACAAGAACCUUGGAAAGAUGUACAUAUGGUGGAUGUCUUGGUUUUAAGAAUUAACUGCUCCUUGUGGAAGAUAGGAAUCCGGUUGGUUGGUUGCUCAUGGUGGAGACGAAGGUAUGUUCUCCAACUCUUGGGAGGAAAUCAUUAUAUUCUUAUAUAAUGGUAAUGAUGUAAAUAUAAAAUUAUAAUCUUAUGUUUUGAGGAGAAAUGGCUGAAUGUAGAUAAUCUUAGCAACAUUCGAGUAUAAAACUCUGUUUUGUUUUUGUUUCUUCAAUAUCACGUCUCAAAUGAGGUAAAGUUUGUACAAUAGACAUCCCUAUAGUUUGUUGUUUUAUUUUGAGGUUCUCUAAUUAUAUCCA